UUUGUGCGCGUGCUCCGCGCCUGUGUGCGAGUUUCCGUGUUGUCAUAUAAAAUAGACUAUGUAAAAUAGUCCGCGCGACGUCAGUUUAUUAGUCGGUUCGUUAGUGUUUAUUUUUUGUUGUUUUGAUUUUUUUCACAUUGAAGAGUGAAUAUAAUAAUUAUCAGUUUUGAAUUUUUUUCACAAAAUAUGCAUUACAUAAAAUUAAAAAUCAACACUUAACCCAUCCGCGGCGAUCUGUGUGUGCGCGUAUCUGUGUGUAUGUGCGUAUGUGUCCGGCGCAUUAGUGCCUCGUUCAAAUUUGGAUUUUAUACACCUAUCAUAGCUAUAGUGACGGAUUAGAGGGAUGUGUUAUCCAGUCUCUGUGCGCUAAAGGUUUCAUUCAAAAGCUAAUCAAUUGAAUCACAUUGAACAAUUAAGACAAACGAUGUCCUUGCAGAUGCCGGUGACGGAAGACACGCCUCCCGACAUGCUGUCUGGGGCAAUGGAUCUAAACGUGAUUUUGCCUAACGGUUCCGUGAUCAAGAUGAGCGUCGAGAGAAGUACGCCAAUGAUGGACUUGCUUGUGCAGAUUACUACUGCCCACAAAUUAUCGCCAGGCAAUCAUGCGGUGCAUGCCAUCGGUGAUCGCGGUGUCUUACCGUAUAAACCCAGUACUCCUAUCGGUGCCCUAGAUACAUGGACAGUAAACAUCGUUCCUAAAAACUUAAGUAAAAAUGGCAGGUAUCAAAGCCAGUCUAUUAUGAAAUGCAUAUCAAAACCGUUCGAACAAACGUUUCGUCUUCAAGUACAUUUACCAAGAAAUCAGUUAUACGUAUCCCGAAUAAGUCCAAAAACACCACUAAACAACAUUCUUAAGCAAGUAUGUUUCGAGAAAAAUCUUGAUUCCACCAAGUAUACAUUAAGAAAACCCGACAAAUUGAACGAGCCCUUGGACUUGAGUAAAACAUUAGUUGAGUAUAAACUACAACAAUUGUCUCUGGUAUUGAAUACUAAUCGCACUCUCAUCGGCGGCCUAUCCUCAGAUGACAUUAUGUCCCGGGCCCCUAAAAAAUUUUCGUGUGAUGAUAGUUUGAGUAGUGGUAGUUUGGGUGGUAGAAGUUUGAGUCCCACUAGAUCAGAUGAAUCCUCAGACACUCCACGUCGCCCACUAAUGGUCAAAGUAUUACCAUCUAGACCAGUCCGAAAGAGAAGACUAGCACCAAAACCACCAUCGCAACAACGAAAUGCUCCAGAACAAACAAUAAUAUCACAUUCGCGAAAUAGUUCUGAUAGUAGUGGAUACCACGAAUCAUCAGUCCUUAGUGAUGCUGUUGAUUGCAGUGUUGGAAUGACGAGGACUGGAAAUUUUUCUCCUACCAAAACGUCUGGCCCAACCAUGUCGCGUUCAAUGACCAAUCUUCAAGUUUGCGGACAAAAUCAGAACCAGUUCUCUGAAAUACCUUUUAUGUCUAACAACAUAGGUCAAUCAAAACACUCGGUAUCGACUACAUCACUUAUAUCAAUUCAAAGUCGUAAAAAGAAAGCUGCACCCCUUCCACCUCUAGCAAAUAAACCUAAACUUGCACCACCGCAAGAAGAACCUGAAAGUGAACCAGAAAUACAGAGAAAAUCACAAACACUGCCUGUUACUACAAAAAUGUAUAUAGCAGAUCCACAAGAAAAAUCAAAAACUGUUUCCAGAAUAGAACUGAACAAUAAUGUAGUUGAACCUAAUCUAUCCCCAGCAACAUCCUCGUUGUCAUCACUUAGUCGAUCAGAUGUAGAUAGAGAUUUGACUGAACCCACAUCUCCCACAUCCUCGAUUGUAAUAGGUUGUAAUUACUUAUUAAAAUUGGAAGUGAAAUCGAAAAGACCGGCGCCUAAACCACCUAUGCGAUCUUCGACUAUAAACCGAUCAGAGGCAUCCAAUCCACUUGGAGAUUUGACAACAGUACCUCGAUUAUCUUCAGGUUCCACUGCCGACGAAGACGAAUUGCGUAUGGAUGAUGAAGAAAUCGAUCGUAUAUUUGGAGAUGCAACUAGUGGUUACGAUACACCAUCUAUCGUUACCAUUAAAGAAAACAACACAGACGUUACAGAUAUUGAUUGGGAAUACAAAUUACCUGAUCCUCCUUCAGCAUUUAGGGAUGACCAUUCUCCUACAAUGACGAUGUUCGAUACAGUAACCAUCGGUAACCUUAAAGAUGUCGUAUUUCAAGAGGAACCUACUAUUAAUCCAAUAAAAGUUAAAGAAGAUAAUAUCACGGCUGAAGAGUCUGUAAAAAAAAUAAUUGGAGACGAAUACCAUUGUUUCACUCAAGACUCGGGGAUUGGAUCAGAUGAUUCAUCAUUACCAUCGAGUUGUGAAGAAAAAAUACACGCAGAUGAAAAACCCGUUAAAAUUGUAGAACCAAAAGAAUCUAAACUAAACAAUUUUAAAAUUGUGGCUUAUGAUGAAGAUUGCUCUAGACCAACAGAGAUAUUCUGUGAUGAGUCGGUUAAAACAUGGAAGACAACACAAAUAGCUCGAGAAUCAAAUCCCGCGUACAAAACGCAAACCACGAACUUGGUUAAUAGGCACAAAUCGUUCAGUAUGGAUAGAACUAACUUGUCUGUAACAGUCAAACGAAGUACGUCACAUAUUAGUCUUUUAAGUGGUAAUAUAAAACCAUCGAAUCGGCUGGCCAAACACUAUAUUGGACGAACUUAUUCCUCUGAACGACUUAAUUACGAUGACAAGUCUCCAGUGAAAAGAUCAUUCAGUGUAGAUAACAUAACAGAAGAUGCGCAAGAAAAUUGCCAAGACGACAAUGAAAUCGAAAUAAUACCAAAAAAAAUUGAGUCUACAUUAGAACAAUCUUCUCCCUUACACUCCCUUCAGAUAUUAAAAACGAUCCUCCCUCAAAUUGAAGAUCAUAAAGAAAACACAAUAAAUAACAAUUUAAGUUUUGAUGAAGUUUCCAACAUUCCAAAUACAUCGCUUUCGGAAACAACAUUAAAAAAAACCAACGAAGGUCCGUUGAUUGAGAAGAUACUCGAAACGAAUGAGUCAAAACCAAAAAUAGAAACAACGGAAUUCAAUGAUUUACAAACGCGGGUAGCUUUUCUAAAACCCGUGACAGUAGAAAUGCCAGCUACCGUAAAACACGUUCAAUCCGUAAAUAAACUCCAUGAAGAGCCUAGUAAAAUCAAUAAUAUAAAUAUGCAAUGUGAAUUUCGUAAUAACAAACCGGAAAUUCAAAUACCAGUAAAUAAAGACGAAAAAGUUAAAAGGUAUUUGUACACGGGUCCCCCAAAAAUCAGUCUAUCCACGUGGAACGAACGCCCUAAAAGGCAGGUCAGCAUCAAAACUGACCGAGACUACGUUAUUGGCAUUAGACAAAGGUUACAACGAAAGGCCGACGAUAAUGCGAACAAGUCGUUAGAUGAAGACCACUGCAACAAGCCUGUAUCCAGGGUACCGAUAGUGAAGUCUGUCGAACUGAAAAAACCUUAUGCUGAACAAUUACAAACGGCUAGCCCGGUUCUGGCUUUGUCCGAAGCGAUCAAAGUUGAAGCAAAGCUCAGUAAUGAACUAAAGAAACCUUACGUUGAACAAUUGCAAGCGGUUAGCCCGGUUCUAGCCCUGUCCGAAGCGAUUAAAGCUCAAGCUAAACUCAGUAAUGGCUACAGUUACCAUGGCAGUACGAUCAUGUUGACCGGUGAAAAUGACGAUAACGUAAUAUUAAGACCGUUGGAUAAGAAAUCAUCCAUUGACAGUUCGUAUACAUUUGGUAAACUAAUGGGCCGGCAAAGAAAACCUAGGGAAAUUUCAACGAACGUCGACCCCAGGGAAAAUCUACUCGAGUCAAUUAGAUCAUUCGGGGGCAGAGACAACCUAAAAAAAAUUAGAGCAUAGUUCCAAUAGACUUAUUACUAAAAACACUAACAUUUUACUCAAUUAUUAUCAAACGAUAUAAUAUUAUAAUUAUAUGUUAUGAGCUCUUGUGCAAUAGAUAGUUUUGUUUGUUUUGUACUAAAGCCACAAAGAUAAAAAAAAAGGUCAAUUAUUUUUAAAGAUUUCUAUAAUCUGUGGCUUAUCAUUUGGUCUAUCAAUUAAUGAUUGCAGCUUAUUAAAUAGCAUGUCCAAAUUCAAAAAUAUUUUUUUGAUUAUUUAUCACUCACUCGUGGAAAUUGUUCUUGUUCCUUGAUUUUUUAUAAAAAUAUGUCAGAUCAAAAUCACGAAACCAAAAUGUGUACUCUAGUUCCAAUUAUUGCAAUUUCAUUUUGUUAGAGAUUGCCAAUCUUAAACUAAAAUACUGCAUUAUAAACUACUUGGCGCUCAACAAAACUUUUCGUUUGCAAUCAGUUUUGUUUUCUGUGUUUCUGUUGUAAAUGAAACACUGACUAACGCCUACUGAUGCUCAUUAUAGGUAUAAUACAUUUUCUUAUUUAGUUGUCCUGUUUAUUAUUUUUUCUUUUGUGUUUAUACAAAGUUAUAGACUCGAUAAUAAUAUUAUAGUCAUAAUCAUAACCAAAUAU